ACACUGCCUUAUGUAAUUUAGCUAGUCAAGGUAAAGUGAGACGAUAAGAAAAAACUGCCAUCACUAAUGGUAGUUACCAGCCAUCACUGGAUCUUCAAUCUUGUGUGUGAGCUUACUGUUCCUCAUUAGCCAAAAAUAAAGAAACAAUAAAGGGGAGCAUCAUUUCUUUGAAGGUUCUUCUUCUCUUUGAAGGGGCUUAAUUUGUCACAUAGUCAAUGCCACAGACUGUUCAGUCCCUGUCUUGUGUUGGAUCUGCUGAUGCAGAGCCGAACAAGCAGUUGAGUAAUGAUUAGAAUAACCAACUAGAUGUGAUUGAUUUGGUUCUUUAAGAGUUUAAGGAGUUUUUGACUCUGUCAAUGUAACAAUUCUCCAUAGAAUAUGCCUCAAGACAGUUUCAGAUCGGUUGUGUACAGAUCAUUUGUCACUUGUGAUGAUCCCAAAGGAGUUGUGGAAUGUGGGACAAUAAGAAAAUCCAAAAGUUGUGUUGAGAAAUUGGAACAUAAGACUCGAAGCCGUAGAAAACAGAAGAAAACUGAUGCACAUUUGGCAAUAAACAAGCCAGAAGAAGAGGAAAUGACGUCGAAAGGAAUUGGCGUUGAAGAAUCUUGUAGUCCAUCUUCUUUUCAGCUUUUGGAGGUCUCUAGAGGGGCUCAGAAGCUGAAUCAGAUGAGUGAGUCAUGGUGUAAGGGGCCGAGUUAUGAGAGGCACUCGAAGGAAAUCGCAAAAGAUUUGUUGAAAGGAGCUCUGGAUCUGCAGGAGUCUCUGGUCAUGCUUGACAAGUUGCAAGAAGCUUCGCAGUACAAGUCUCGGUUGAAGAAGAAGCAGAAGGAGAAGUUUGAAAUGGGUAGAACAGAUGAAAUUGGGAUUGAGUGUACAAAUUCCAAUCGAUUUAGAGAUCAAAAAUACCAGAUGGGAUUUCAGAGCCCGCGACUUUCAGCUGAUGGCUCUUCAAAGGAUUGCUACGAGGAGCUAAGAAAUGUUAUCAGAGAGAGCUUUGCCAGGCAGAACCUAUUGUCUCAAGCAUCUGCUGAAAAAGAAUCUUAUUUUCGUCGAAGAAACUUCGACUUGGCUUCAGAAAUUCCCUCCACAAGCUCCAGCCAAUCUUCGACAGCUUACACCAACAAUUUUACUUCUACUGACUCCAGUAUUUCAUCAAAAGCGCCACAGAAGCAGGCAAACCCUCCAUGUUUGAUUGCCAGACUUAUGGGUCUUGGAGAAGUCCCUUCAGAACAUUUGCAAACAACUCCUCAGAAACAAAUGGAGACUGAGAAGAUUUUGAAUCAGCGCAGGCUACUCUUUGAUAUUGAGAUGCCGAAGGCAAAGAGGCCUCAAUUUGUAGUAAAGAAGUAUGAUCCAAAGCACAAGACGCUGAAUGAAAUACUUGAAACCAUGCAGUUUAAAGGACUUUUGAAAAGCAAGUCUGUUAAGGAGUUUAGAACUCACUCUGAUCCUUAUGGUGAUUUCGACUUCAAACAAAGUAGGGUUGAUGACAUAGCACCCAUUGUACUUAUAAAGCCUCUCCAUGUUCCGCACCUGGAGUCAGAAGAGCAAUUCUCACCUGCAUCACAGGAAGAAGGAGCCCUUAAUUCAAAGAAGGUGCUCAGAAAACCGAAAUUAAGAGAAGUUGUCCCUCCCAGGGCAAUUAAUCACCAAGAUAUGCCUGUCAAAAUGCCAAGGAAAACUGAAGCAGAAGAAAACACUGUCAAAAAGACUAACAAGGAUGAAAUGCCAAAAGGCCGAAAAGUGGUGGAUGAUAAGCCAGAAGAGAAAAAGGUCAAGACAAAGGGAAAGAGCUCAAGUAAGCUGAAAGUUUCUGGCCCUAUAACUCAUGAGCCACAGAAGAAAGAGCCUGUUGACAAGAAGGUUGAUCGCAUUCAAAAGGUGAAAACCUCUAGCAGGAAAGCAGCAGGAAAGGAGAUUGUGAAAUCUGCCCAUGUCUCAAUAUCUCAAGAUCAAGUCAAUGUAACCGCUGCAAAGCCGGAACAGCUCAAAAAGGCAUCAAAAAUUACAAAGGUUCAAACACCCCAGCAACUCAGCAGUGCCGCCCCAAACACCAGCUUGAAACCCACAACAAAAACUACCAUUGCAACUCCCAAACAUCAGAAGAAGAAGAAAAUGUCAGCCAGUGAAACUAUGCCUGCUAAAUCAGCUGCCAAUUAUUCAGAAUUCAAAGAAGAUGACAAGGGAGGUGUUCUGACAAGUGAGUGUGACUCUCCUCACAUGAGAACCAAUGCUCCUCCUGCACUAUCUUCUGUGCAGAGUGAUUAUUUUGAAUGCAAAGAAGAUGACGAGAGAGGUGUUCUGACUAGUGACUAUGACUCUCCCCACAUGAGAACUGUUGCUCCUCUGGCAGAUGAACUCCUUUCGGAGGAGGUUGCAGAACCCUCUGGGUGUCAGACUAAAGAAAGUUGCAGUGAUAGCCAGAGCUCUAUUGCCAAUGUGACAAUGCUGACUUUUGAACAUGAAAAAGAAGAUAAAGAUGCAGAAGAAAAUGAUCAUAUCAACCUCAUGAAACCUGCUGUCACUAGUCUCAAGACUGGAUCCAAUCUGAAAGCUUUGCUUUUGUGCAGUCCAUCAUUUCAUAAUCAUGCAGAAGAGCUCUUUGAUACCAAUGUGAGUUGUCCUAGAGAGGUAGCAGCAUCUGACGCCAAUGAUUAUGGAGUAGCUGAUGUAAAUGUCUUGUUAGAUUACGCUAAUGAAUUCAUUGAACUCAGAAGCCUUCAAAAUUUACAAACAGUGCAUCCUCUAUCAAAGAACAAAGUGAAGAUUUUGAAAAUCUUCACUACUUUAGAUCGAUUGGUGGAGGAAAUAAAUGAUGGGUUUGAGGCUCUUAGAAGAUACCGCGAACAUGAUGAAAAGAAACUUUCUACUGAACAUAUUUACUCAAUGUUGGAAAAAGAUAUAAGCUGCAAAAGAAUGAUGAAUGGAAUGUGGCAUUUGGGAUGGGAUUAUGGGUUUUCUGUGGAGGAAGGCGAUGAAGUUGUAAAUGAUAUAGAGAAGUUACUCUUAACUGGGUUGCUUGAGGAGGUUUUUGCAUAGUUCACGGUUAUGUUCGUUUGGAUCUGCAGCGUUUAAAGGUAGUUACCUCAGCCAUCAUGUAAAUAAGCAACUUCAGUUAACACAAGAAGGGGAGCUGAGAUCUAGCGCGUGCUUGCAUGUUUACUUCUGAAUAUAUGUCUGAAUCUUUUAGGUAUCAAGUAUAAUUUUUGACUCCUUGUAUCGUUAAAGGUUUUCUUUGGUUUGUCUUGAACUGUCCAGAUUAAAGGAAGACUUGUAUACACUGAAUGCCUGUUUAAUAAGUUAUUAUCGACUUCGAAUCCUAAACAUGUAGAUGUGUAUUGUACCAUUUGCUUUUGAAUGUAUAUAAAUAGAUGGCUGGACACUAUCAAAGUUGA